CGUAAAGUCAGAUUUUGUCAUUGGCUCGCCCUGUCUGCCCGUCUACUUGUGUGUUUGCUGCUGCUGCAUCGGAUAUGCAUGGUUUCCAUUUUUAUUAACGCAUCGCAAUUAAUAAAGCCAAAAAAUGGAACCAAAUUAUAUCUGUUUUUCUUAUACAGCAAACACGAUCUAAAUAAAGAUUCUACAUAAACAACUUUAAACACGGCAUGAAAUAAAUAUACAUAAAUUAUAAGUAUACAGUGUUAAUGGAAUAAUAAGAAAAGUUUAUCAGAAUCAUAAAACAUUACUUCUAGUACUAAAAUAAUCCAUUUAGAUAAGGUAAUUUUUAAAAUUACAAUCUAAUUAAUAUAAAUUAACGACAUUCGUAAUUGAAACUGCGCAUCGGCAGGAAUAUACCUAAAACAUAUAGAAAUAAUACGUUCUAAUAGUUUUUCUCAUGUAUGUUUGUUAAAACAAUAUCACAUGAAAAUCGAUUGAUGAACUUUCAUUUAUUUGGCCACAGUCUGUGAUGAAUUUCUUGAAGCACCGCUAACAAUAAUAACCAGCUUCAUUAAUACAUAGUGAGAAUAAAGUGCCAGCUGCAUUUCUACCACAAUAAUACAACUCACUGAAGCACAGCAAUCUUUACUUUUCUGAUUAUUGUUGGCAUAAAUUAUAAAAAAAUCGAUAACAUUUUCCAAAAGCAAUUAAAAGAGUUUGCAGUGGCGGCUAGUAAGCGCCUGCCUAACCUCUGAUGGCCCUACAACACUACCUCAAACACACAGACAAUUACUGCGGAACUGCGCCAACAGUCACGGCAACAACAGUACCAACAACAAACACAGGAGCGAUAACGCAAGCCCAUUUGCAAUUGCAACAUCACGCAACAGCAGUGACAGCGCAGUCUUAUCAACAACAACAGCAGCAACAACUAACACAAAUCCAACAACAACAACAACAACAGCAACUACAACUACAUAAUAUCGCACCAACAACAAUCACACCAACACAGGACACCACAACAUUAGCAACAUCGGCAACAACCCACACUAACGCACAAGCGCAUCAGCAAUUACUGGUUCAAUCACAGCAUCGACUAAAGCAGCUACAACUCAAACAGCCCACUAUACAUCAGCAGCAUAUGACCUAUCAUCACCACCAUCCUUACUAUCAGCAAAGCAACCUUCAUAAUACUAAUACAUCAGCUGUAUCAAAUACAUUAGCCAACACGGGUGCGGCCAAUCAUAAAUUCAAAAGUGCACAGCACAACCAACAGAACUAUAAUCAUAAUCGUACGCUUCCCAUACAUGCACUAAAUCAGAAUUCAAAUUUCUCAGCGGCCAGUUCGAGUACGGGUGGCGGCACAGCCUCCAGUCAUGCGCCAACACAGCAAUCUAAUGCCACCAACUCUAGUCGCUCAUCAGCCGCUAAUGGACAUGCCAACAAUGCGGUGGAUAGUGCCAAAGCCGGAGCGGUGGGUGCACAGAUGCGCAGCGGCACAUCAGCAGCCGGCAGCUCGGCAGUUAAUUCUAAAAAAAUCAAAAUAGAACCAGUGUUGUCGCAGUAUCAUCAAACUGAACGUUUAAACUUCGCAAAUUCGCAUAUUGUGUGGGGUGAAGAGCAUUGGCGACGUGUGGUCUUCCAGGAUGAGCGUAAAUUCAAUUUAGAUGGACCGGAUGGCUUCUCCAGUUACUUUCAUGAUUUACGUAAUUACGAACAAACGCUUUCGCAACGGCCGCGUGGCAAUUCCGUUUACAUAUAUAUGUUAAUCACCGCCGGUGGUCCAAUUCACAUGGAGGUGUCGACGGCGAAACAAAGACCACAAACAUAUAUUGAGACCAUAUUGCGCGAACGACCGAAUAUCAUUACCAAAUUAGGUGGUAAUCCAGAUUUUAUACUGCAAGAUCACAAUUGGACGGCCAAUAUGACGCCGACAACACAAGAAAUGCUCGAUGCCGAAGGCAUCAAAAUGCAACGUUGGCCAACUAUAGCGCACGACGUUAACAUUAUGGAGAAUAUCUGGGGUUGGCUGAUACGUGAAGUCUACGAUGGUGGACGCAAAUUUUCGCGUAAGGACGAUCUCAUAUUUCGUAUACGUGCGGCAUGGACGCGUUUACCGAUGGAUUUUGUGGUCAAUCUCUACAGCACACUGCCUGAACGCAUUGCAGAAUUAUACUAUACGCGCGGCAUUUACACAAACUGUUGACGAUGGCAGUGUUAGGAUAGAAAUAGUUAAGUUGACAUAGAUCCACGUUGAGCGAGGACGUGAUCAAAAACAGCACAAUGGAAGGGUUGCAAAGCAAAACAGCGCCAAAUAAGCAGACUGGGGUUGAAAAGAAUACAAUAUGUUUUUAAAAUGUUAUCAAAUCAGCCGCAAUGUAAUGGGUAAAAGGGGAAAAGCAAUGAAGGAAAUAUUUACACAGUGAGCCGAACAAUUGGUAGCAGCAGAGAGUGAUGAGCAUGUUAAACGUGCAGGACAAUUUAAAUAUAUAUACAUGAAAUGUGUGUAUGCCCGUAGCAAACCUGAAACCUCGCAGCUCGACUAUACGUUGUUGUUAUCUAUGUUGGCAAUAUUUCUUUGUUGUAUCUGUGCCUAAAUGUAGGCUCUCAAAAGAUAUUCGCAUAAGCGCCUUUUGAGUUUUCCGCCUCGAAAACUCAUUGCAUUGUUAAAACUCUGCCCUUUAAUAGUGUCCCGAACAAAGACUGGCAUGAUGCAGAGACUACGGACGUUUUCAAAUUACAUACCUGAAAUUCAUAUAUACAUAUGUACGCAUAUACGUGGGAACCAUUACUUGGAAUUGACUGCAAUUUUUAUUUUUUUUUUUAUGAAUCUGUAUAUAAUUUCUCAUUAGUGUAAGCUCACCACACCUUUGUAAACAGUUUGAACAAAGUGUUUGUUGUUCAUGUAUUUCAUAUGGCUUAAAAAUAAUGCACAAUAUUAUUUAUUAUUUUUUUUUUGAGGGGAAUUAUACUGUGCAACUUUUCAAAUACUUACUGUCACACGAACAAACCUGCAGGCACAGCAUGCGUUCACAGAAGAGGACCAAACAGCGGCAGGCACAUGUUGCUCUGCUAAAAUUCAAUAACUGGCAUAUUUAUUUUUUUUUUGUGUUCUUUUACUUUUCAUUUUGAACGUACCAAGACUGUCAGCGACUGCUUAACAAUUGCAUAUACAUAUGUAUACCUAAAGGUAUACAGAGACGAACAUAUGGUUGAUUGCUUCGUAUGUUGCUUUGUCAACAGGCAGUUGACCCACACACACACAUGGGAGUAGUGUUGCACUUAGCACCUGCUCUCCAGCGCAAUUUCCCUCACUUGCUGUUCUGCCUACUACCACACUUUGCACGCUGCUGCUAAAUCGCGAACUCCUGUGACGCACUGGCAUACGUACAUACAUACAUAUAUAUACACAUAAAUAUGUUCUGUGAUAGUUGUUAGUGUGCUUUUGAAUUUUAUUUUUAAUCUUUUUUUUUAAUUGAAAUUUUUUGAUUAUUUUUUCGUGUAACUCUCGGUUAACUGCGCUUUAUACAUAACAUAAGGAUAAUACAUACAUAUAGAUAUACAUAUAUAAAUAGUGCAUAAAUACAUACAAAGAUGUAAUAUGAUCACGAAACAACACUAUAUACAUACAUACAUAUGUAUAUGCAUAUUAUACAUAUAUGUAUAUCCAUGCAUAUGUGUGUAUUGUUAUAGGCUGCACGAAAUGUUUGUAAGCAUGUAAGUGGGAUCCUUCUCAUUGUGCUGCAUAGGAGUUCUUUUGUAAAAAGUACUGAAGUAACUGAAGUAUUAUAUCGGAAAUCUAAAUGAAACAAGUAAAAUUUAAUAAUAGAACAUAUAAAUAAUACAAAACAAAAAAAUCAUGAAACAACAAUAACACUAUGUAAUACGUAUGGAGACUUGCGUUAUCUGUACAUACUCGUAUAUAACGAAUUAGCUUUUAGUAAUUGUAUUUUUUAAUGAAAUUUAAUUUGGAGCAAAAGAAUAUAUUAUAUGUUCACUAGAUAUGUUAACUAAGAAAAAAAGUGAAAACUUAAUUAAUUAAAUUAACUAAAAACUACACUUUAGCUACAUAUUACCAUGCAUACCUAUAUUCAUAUGUAUGUAUGUAACUAUUAGUUAAGUUCAAAUUUACUACCAAGCGAAUGACCAGCGCGCAGCGGCUACUUAUACAUAUAAAUAAACGCAUAUGUAUGUAUGCAUGUUUAUGGCGAUUUUCACCACAGCUGGUACGCCUUGGAUGACUACUACUAAAAAUAAAUAACAACAAGCAUAAUGUUGAUUUCACGACCUGAAUAUGUAACAAUUAGAAAUCCUAAAAUAUUGUAGUUCCACAACAACAACAUCGCAAGUUCAUUUGUGCUGUCUGAUGGCGUAGAAGCGGUAGAAAAUAAACACGGCGUCUUGCAACGAAAAUGGCAUUGCGCAUGCGUACUUAUGUACAUAGAUACGAGUGUGAGAAAUGUGCGUAUGUUUUGUAUGCGUGUAUAUAUGUAUGUAUGUACGUAUGUGUAUGUAUGAUAAGAACGGCAUAAUACUGGAAAUUAUGUGAUUUUUUCGCUUAUAAAAUAUUUUUUUAAAACAAAUGUAUUUAAAAAGCUCUAAAAUAAACGCUCUCGAUGAAUAACUGAAGUAUA